ACGGCGCUGGAAGAAGGAUCUAUGGUGAUCAGUACCUUCCUCUCCGUUCAGAGCUUUUCUGAUUUCAGUAUUCGCUGAUUGUUCCUACACUUGGCACCCUCCCACUGCUCCAAACUCACUCCUGCAGCACUUGGGAAAACCUGUGUGUGGUCACUGGUUUGUCCAAACAUCGGAGACCGUGGAUUACUGACCCUCGGAUGCAGCCGGUCUGAUUCCAUUGAUGGCAGAUGGUUCUGGGGUGGGAUGGGAUCACAGUCCUGGAAUAACAAAUUUUAUUCUCUCCCUGCUCAGGACCAUGGCUGCCAUCGACGAGCGCACCUUCAUCGCCAUCAAACCCGACGGGGUCCAGAGGGGGCUGGUGGGGGAGAUCAUCAAACGCUUUGAGACGAAAGGAUUCAAACUGGUAGCCAUGAAAUUAAUACAUGCCUCUGAGGACCUUCUGAGGGAACACUACAUCGACCUCAAGGACCGGCCGUUCUACGAUGGCCUGGUGCAGUACAUGCACUCGGGACCUGUCGUAGCCAUGGUGUGGGAAGGUCUUAAUGUGAUUAAGACUGGAAGACUGAUGCUGGGGGAAACCAAUCCAUUUGAUUCCAAGCCUGGCACUAUUCGUGGGGACUUCUGCGUCCAAGUUGGAAGGAACAUCAUUCAUGGCAGUGAUUCUGUGGAAAGUGCUGAGACAGAGAUCAAUUUAUGGUUCACUCCUGAAGAACUGGUUGAUUACAGAAGUUGUGCUCAUGAGUGGAUCUAUGAUUAACAGCCAGACUGGAUCUUCUGAUGUCCCCA